UCGAUCACAAACACAGUUGCAAAACUCUGCCAAUUACCAACUUGAAUCACAACCAUUUUCUACGAAGCAAAGAAGCAAAAAUGGCUGGAGGUAUUGGAUGCGUGCAGUGCGGGACGCAUAGAAACCCAUGCCGGUGCAAGGUGAUCGGCCCUACCUUGGGGUGCCUGGCCUUCGCCGCGGCGGCGAUCGUGGAGUGGCCUGUUGGGGCUUUUGUCUACUGCUUCCGCCACAUGAAGGGUCGCCGAAUCAUGGCUCACCCCGCCACCGUUGUUUACCCCAAAGUUUCUAAUUCCAUUCCCAUUUGAAUGAUUUGAUCGAUCCAUCCUGCUCUCUUUUUUCUUCAUACAUGUUAAACAAAGCCCCACUUGUUUCUUUGAACUAGUUCUACGUACGUACUGCUCCUUGUGUCUUUUUUUCUUUUUAUUUUUCUUCCACUUAUGUAUUUGCUAUUAAUAACAAACUGAAUGUAAUGAAAGGGUUUAUACACCCUACGUAUAUUUCUACUUAAAUCUAUGUAUUUUGAACCACCUUGAUUAGUUAAUUUGCAGACUUCC